AUGGCUUUAAUUCGUUCUGCCAACUUUAAUUUAUUUAUUGAGAUUGUAGUCCGGAUAAUGCUAGUCACCACUUUUUGUUACAUGGAAACAAUGAUACCAUUUGUCCGAGUGGUACAGAAGGCUGAACUGGAGACGUACUACAUGUACCCACGCGUGGACUCGUACGUGCCAGGCAGUGUGCUGUGGACAAUAGUCCUCGCCGUACCGUGCCUAAUAUCGCUGAUGGCGUGGGCCUGGUACAACGACUGCAACGAUGCUUUUGAGAUCCUGUUGUCAUGGUCCUUGGCUCUUGGCAUCAAUGGCGUCUUAACUGAUAUGGUCAAACUCAUUGUUGGCCGACCGCGUCCGGAUUUCUACUACCGCUGCUUCCCUGAUGGUGUGGAGCCGAAGGUGCUGGGAUGCACUGGAGACCUGGCUGAUAUACUGGAGGGACGCAAGUCUUUCCCUAGUGGACACAGCAGCCUCUCCUUCUGCUCCCUGGGCACGGCGUCCCUCUGGAUCUGUGGCCGUCUGGGCGUAUUGUCACGGCGUCGUGGCAGUGCCGUGCGAGUGAUGUCGUGCCUGUUGCCGCUGAUGGUGGCCACCUGUAUCGCACUCUCCAGAAGCUGUGACUACCACCACCAUUGGGAAGAUAUCCUGGUGGGUUCAGUUUUAGGGUUCAGCGUGGCGAUAUUCUGCUACCGACAAUAUUACAACCCUCUUUCAUCCGAUCUAGCCGGGAUUCCGUACAUCGUGUCUUGUGUGAAUUCAGCCAAAUAUUUCAACGGCAAACCAGAUAGUCCUGUGAAGGAGAUCAAAGAAGAAGCCACGCCCCUUUUGGGAACGAAAAAAGAUGAUAAGUGGAUCUAA